AUGGCGAACUCAGUGGGAGGCCUACUAUCUUGUUUAGUAGCGCUGCUACUUUCUUUUCAGAUCGUUCAAGCCAAGACAGUCACAUAUGAUUGGAAUGUUACUUGGGUGACUGCCAACCCUGAUGGCUUGGCUGAUCGAAAAAUCGUUGGUAUCAACGGCCAGUGGCCCUUGCCCGUGGUCGAGGUGGACAAAGGUGACCGAUUGAUUGUAAACAUGUACAAUGGUCUCGGAGACAAGUCCACAUCCAUCCACUGGCAUGGUAUGUACCAAAAUAGCACAAACAACAUGGAUGGACCAUCCAUGGUGGUUCAGUGUCCAGUCGUGCCAGGAGCUUCCAUGACUUAUAACUUCACUGUCAACCAAAAUGGCACUUAUUGGUACCAUUGCCACACCGACAAUUGCUACCCAGAUGGCUACCGUCAAGCUUUGAUCGUGCACGACAAAGACGCUUACUUCGAUGAUAUGUAUGAUGAACAGUACACCUUCACCAUGACCGACUGGUACCAUGAGUUGGCCGAGGAUAUCGCCCCAACAUUCAUCAAUCUUGACAAUCCCACAGGUGCAGAGCCUGUGCCUCAGUCCUUCUUGUUCAACGAUACUCUUAACACUAAGGUCUCUGUCGAGGCUGGUAAGACGUAUCUACUGCGCUUGAUCAAUGUCGGUGCAUUUGUGGCUCAAUACUUCUAUAUCGAAGAUCACAACUUCACGAUCGUUGAGAUUGAUGGUGUGUACACGGAGCCUACCGAGGCCAGUAUUCUUUACAUCGCUAUCGCGCAGCGAUAUUCAGUCCUCGUGACGAUGAAGAACUCCACUUCCAAAAACUACCCAAUUGUGACUAUAGCCGACUCGGUCCUUAUGGAUACAAUACCAGAUAAUCUCCAAUUAAAUCUGACUAAUUGGCUGGAAUACAACUCCAAGGCUGAUUUUCCUUCGGCCAGCAUUACCGUCGACGUUGCCUCUGAUCUUGAUCCUUACGACGAUGCGACACUGGUGCCCUAUGACCACAUGGCUCUGUUGCCUGAGCCAGAUCUGACCAUUGAGGUGACUGUCAGUAUGCAGGUCCUGAACGACGGUGCAGGCUACGCAUUUUUCAACGACAUCUCCUACACCAAGCCCAAGGUUCCCACUCUCUACACAGUCAUGUCAUCUGGUGACCUUGCCGAUAAUGCAACAGUCUACGGUGAAUAUACGCAUCCUUACGUUCUCGGUCACAAUCAGGUCGUGGAAAUCAUCGUCAAUAACAACGAUGGUGGUUCCCACCCAUUCCAUAUGCACGGCCAUGUCUUCCAAGUCAUUGACCGAUUCCCUGCAUACGGAGAGCACUUCUACGACUACGCCGAUGACGACGAUGGAGUCACGUAUGAUGCAAACAAUCACACCGCGUUCCCAGCUUACCCACCCCGGCGUGAUACUGUAGUGAUCCCACCUAUGGGUUACUUCGUGAUUCGCUUUGUCGCCGACAACCCUGGUGUGUGGUUCUUCCACUGCCACAUUGAUUGGCAUCUGCAGCAAGGUCUCGGAUUGACAAUUAUUGAAGCGCCUCUGGAAAUCCAGAAGCGUCUCACCAUUCCUCAGGAUCACUAUGAUGUAUGCAAAGCAGCUGGCGUCCAGACUGAGGGCAAUGCAGCCGGAAACACCGCGGACUACCUCGACCUCACGGGUCAAAACAAGCAACUACCCUGGCUUCCGGCCGGCUUCACUGCAAGGGGUAUUGUGGCCCUAGUAUUCUCUUGCGUAUCUGCAUUCUUGGGAAUGGGCUUCAUCUCCUUCUACGGAGCGACGGGCAUCAAUGCGCAACGGCAGCAGGAGCAGCAGCAGCAGCAGCAGCAACAACAACAACAACAACAAGAAUCUGAGCAACCUAAUCAAGCGGAGCGGUUCCACGAUUGA